UCACACUUUUAGGCGCGAAUUCUGCCGCAUAAAGUAAUUUUUCUCUUCGCACUUCAAGUUAUCAACGGCGGCCAAUUAAGUAAACAGGAUGAAGUGCAAGAUACCCGAGAUUUCGUGGCACAACCGCGAUCCUGUCCUGAGUGUGGAUAUACAGCAAAAUGGCCUUGGUCUGCGUUCUCCGACGAUAUGCCGCCUAGCCUCUGGUGGUUCGGAUGCCCAUGUCCUCAUUUGGUAUGUGAACCGAAGUGAUGACGCUGAGGGCGUGGAUGUGGAGCUGGCCGCCGACCUGUCCCGGCAUCAGCGUGCUGUCAACGCCGUCCGCUGGUCGCCGAACGGAGAACUGUUGGCAUCCGGCGAUGACGAGAGUGUUGUCUUUAUAUGGAAACAGAAGGCCGACCACGAAGUUGUCAACAUUGUGGACGCCGAUGGCUGCAGUGAACAGGACAAGGAGGUCUGGUUGACCCUCAAGGUACUGCGCGGCCAUCGCGAGGAUAUCUACGAUCUCAGCUGGGCGCCGAACUCACAGUUUCUGGUCAGCGGAUCCGUGGAUAACACAGCGAUGCUCUGGGAUGUGCACAGUGGCAAAUCACUGGCUAUUCUAGAUGACCACAAGGGCUAUGUACAGGGCGUGGCAUGGGAUCCCUGCAAUCAAUACAUCGCCACCAUGAGCACCGACAGACAAAUGCGGAUAUUUGAUGUCAAUACCAAGCGAGUGCUGCACCGAGUCAGCAAAUGUGCACUCCCAGUAAAAGAGGACCACGAGAUGCACGGCAAGAGCAUGCGAUUGUACCAAGAUGGAACCUUGCAGACCUUUUUUCGCCGCUUAUGCUUCACACCCGAUGGUAAGCUGCUGUUAACGCCGUCAGGAAUUACCGACUACGAUGGUGUUGUGAAACCCAUAAACACCAGCUAUGGGUUUAGUCGCCAUGAUUUGUCCAAACCCGCCUUUGUGCUGCCCUUUCCCAACGAAUACGCGGUGGCAGUUCGCUGCUCUCCGGUACUGUACCGUCUGAGACCGUACAAUGCGGAGAAGAAUCCUCCGAUUAUUUUGCUGCCGUACCGCAUGAUCUAUGCUGUGGCCACAAAGAACGCUGUGUUCUUCUACGACACCCAGCAGCCGGUGCCGUUUGCCAUUGUCUCCAACAUCCACUACAGCAGGCUUACGGAUUUGACCUGGUCGAGCGACGGCACCGUCCUGAUCGUGUCCAGCACCGAUGGCUACUGCUCACUGAUUACCUUCGAGCCGAACGAGCUGGGCGACUGCUAUGAAGAUAUGGAAGCUGUGCUGAGCGUUGUUCUAAAAUCUUCAGAGAAUGCAACGGUGUUGAAAAAGAAGAGGCAAAAGCUCCGCAAGGCAUCGUUAGAUGAAGUGACAGCCUCACGGAAACCACUGCAGGAAAAAUCGAAACCGAAUACAAUUAGAAGGGCUUCCGAAGCGGGUAUCAAAGAGCUAGGGGAACCCGAGCUGGAUGCUGAAAACGAGUCAUCAACGCACAGUGUCAGUUCGAGUAAAACGAACAGUCCCAAAACAAACGCCAGCGGAGAGAUGAAACCCACUCCCAUCGCCAUCAGGCGUUCGCCACGUAAAAAUUCGACUGCACCCAUGCCGAUUGCUAUACGUAGAGCUCCGCGUAAGUCGGAGGAUAAGGGGAAUAGCGAAUCGAGCAAGCCCAAAGAAGAAACUGAAGUAGCUAACACAAAAACGGCUGAAGUGCAGAAAACAGAGGCAUCACCUGUCAAGCGCAAGAUGAGCCCAGAGGCAGUGCCUCCAGCAAAAACAUCACAGCCGGCACUUGGAGUUAUCCCGGUUAUGGACAAGGUGAUCAUCAGUUCUGAUGAAAAGUUCGAGUCGCCUGAGAAGAAGUCCCGACCCGCAACACCAAUCCAAGUGCGUCGCCAGCCACGAACUCCUGGCAGCUCCAGCCACUUUAAUCUAACGCCGAAAAGCCAACCCGCCAAGCAAGCUACUCCCAUUGCAGUGAGGAGAACUCCACGCGUACUCAUCGAAAUGCCGGUGAACUCGCCUGUGGUUCCAAUGGAGGAGGCCAUGGAUGCCUGGCCCCUCGAGGAGGGCAUCACACCCCUGCCAGCGGCAAAAAAGGAUUCUCAAAAACCCUUGCCGGAGACUUUAAACACCGAAACGAAACCUGCGGUAAUAGAAGCCAGUGAGGCCACCUGCGAGCGAACUGAGGACAUUCGUCUGGUCUACGAGGAUACGCAAGAGGAAACACCGAAAAAUCCGACUGAAUCGGGGCCAUCCACGCCGAACAACAAGACGCCACGUCGGGUGUCCUUGCGAACCAUAUCCACGCCCAAAUCAAAAAAGAAACUUUUAGAGUAACUAUGCAAUAGAUUAGACGUAACAGAUUUAUGUUAGAGGAACUCCUAAAAAUGAUUAUGGUUUUAGGGAUCUUUGGGGAUACCCCAUAAAAAAUUGUAAAAAAUAGCCAGAAUUCUUCCUAAAAUAUUCCACAAUAAAACGCAACACAAGGUUUAGAGGUAA